AUGGGCAGAAAACCAAGCAAUAGAGCGUCAUCAAAAGCAGGCGGCACGGCAGAGGGGAGCGGUGUUCAGGACGUUCCGUUUGAAAUUUAUCCGGUUUAUUUGGGUUCAUCUAAGCUUUCAGAUAAAAACCGUAGUGAAAAUAGAGGAUCGCUAUUUAUAAAAGAAUUAGAGAAGAAAUCAGGUUCUGUUAGACAUUUGGAUGCUUCUGUAGCGCAAUCGCCGUCUAUUUCUGCAUCUCGUGCAUUGAAUGAUUCACAAAAAAAUAUGUAUAAAUAUGAGGGUUAUAGGGGGGAAAGAGGUUCUAUAGAUCAUAGACAAGGGCAUUAUAAGGUUUCUACGCCAUCGUUUGCUCGAAGAACGGGAAGUCCGGCGACAAAGCUGCCGCCUAGAAUAUCAGUAGGCCCGACACCUUUAAAAGAACAUUUUUUAAAUGACAAUGUUGUAAAUCCGACAUCAAAACCAGCUUUUCGGACAGAAGGGUCCGUUUCAGAUAUGAAACGUUUGAAAAAAACUCGUGUAAAACAUGUAAAAAGGGAAAAAGCAGUAAAACGUCAAAAAAUCCAUGAAUCACCUCGAGAGGAAGAAUAUCGGGAUAAAUAUUAUAGUGACAAGGAGACUGAUAGUGAUAGAGAAGAAAAUGUUGAUAAAGAUAGUGAUUUAGAAGAUGAAGGACAUGAUGAUAGUUAUGAUGAAGCAGAUACAAAAUUUGUAAUUACGGUGCAUAAAUCAUCAGAACGUAGUACAGCAUCGGUCAAUGAGAUAGAUGUAGUGUCUCAUGUGAUUUCAGAAUUAUUGAAACGUUUACGUAGAAAAACAGAGUCGACAUAUGCUAGGAAGGUUAUACAAGCGUUUGAGGAGGAGGUUUCUGUUAAAUUUUUGGAGAUGACGGAUAUAUUUGACAAUUAUUUGAUUCUUGAUAGCGCAGUUAAAAAAUCUACUAGAAAUAUUUCAUAUUUACGUAAUGAAUUGUUUACAAUAAGAAAAGUGCGAAAUGAUAUCGCUCUGAAAAUACAUCAUCUUAGACAACGUCAUAAUGAUAUUAAUAAUGAGAAUCAAGCAUUAAAAAGUAUGCAAAAUUUUCUUGAAGAAAUUGAAGUCUUGCAUAAUAAAAUACCAUCAGGUGCCCGGCAUACGGAAAAGACUGGAAUUGUUUCUUUAUUACACACUGUAACACCAUUUAUGAGAAAAUCAUGGGGCAUAUUAGAACAUUUGAAUGCUUUUAAUACAUUUCUAGAAAAAGUUGAUCAAGUUUUGACCUAG